CACGAACUCGUGUCCCCUGUAUCGGCAGGCGGACUCGCAACCACUGCGCCACCAGGGAAGCCCCAUACUAAACUUUUUUUAAUGGUUAUCCUGGGAAUUCCCUGGCAGUCCAGUGGUUAGGACUCCAAGCUCUCACUGCCAAGGGCCUGGGUUCGAUCCCUGGUUGGGAACUAAGAUCCCACAAGCUGCACAGCGUGCCCAAAUAAAUAAAUAAAUAAGUAAAAAGAAUGAAAAUUAAUAAGCUACAUAUUCAAUAAGGGUAGAAAAAGAAAAUAAAAAUAGAAAGAAGAAAUAAGGGUAAAAUCAGAAAUAAUAAAGGAAAAAGAACAGCACUUGAUAAAUUGAAGCACUCAUUCUUCAGAAAUAGACAUUAAAAUAGACACAUUUCUGGCAAAAAAUUUUGAAAAUUCAAAAGACAUCCUACCAAAUGCUUCAUAGGUAAUGCAAACUUAGCUCAUCAAAUCUCUGAUUUUCCCCUAAAAUAUUUUUCUUUGCCAGCCUUAUAUCUCAGUAAAUUAUACCACCAUCUAAGUCGAAACCCAAGAGUUAUCCUUGACACCUCCCUCUCCCUCAGUCUCCACAUUCAAUCCAAUAUCAGGAUAUGUCUCUUCUAUAUCUGUAGUGGUGACGUAUGGAGUUCAUCACCUCAACAUUUUCACCUUCCUUUUCUCUUGAAAACUGUCCCUUACACUCACUCAGAAGUACUUUCUCUUUUCCUUUUUCUAUUUCCUUUUUUCCUUUCCUGUUUUACUCCCUUCAUUUGCUCCUAUUUUUCCCUCAGGUGCAGAGAUUUGAGGCAGUCCUGCUGUUCAGUUCACAUUAUCAUCAACAAGGCCUUUAUCAUUUUAUCUUUUUUUCCUUCAUUCCAAUUCCCAGUCAUGUUACUUCCCUCUUCCUUCAGUAGCCACUCUAAUGUGUUUGAUACAUGUCCUUGGAUAUACAUGUAUCUUUGAAUAAUAUAUAGUAUUGUUUUGUAUAUGUAUGUGUUUUAAAUGUACAUAUUUGAUAUUGUGUUAUAGAAAUCAUUGUUUCUGUUUCAUGUUUCUGUAAAUACUUCUAUUGCAUAGUAUUGUCUUAAAUGACCUCACACCCUUGGCCACUGGUCCUGGGCCUAGAUGGGCCAAUCAGAGUCCCUACCCAGAAUUUUGUUAACUGAAACUAAGAAAAAAAAGAAAAUCCCUCUCCAGUUUGGAAGCCGUAAAAUGUAAAACACAGGAGCUGUCAGCAGCCAUGUGUCCUGCCAUGCGGAACCAGCUGGUCUGCAGUGAAAAGAAUGAAGCCGACAUGCAGAAAGCAGCAGAGAACCAUGUGUGAUCAGUACUGCAUCUCCUUUGCUGAUGUUGAAAAAGCACAUGUCAACAUUCGAGAUUUUAUCCACCUCACACCAGUGCUAACAAGCUCCAUUUUGAAUCAAGUAACAGGGCGCAAUCUUUUCUUCAAAUGUGAACUCUUCCAGAAAACUGGAUCUUUUAAGAUUCGUGGUGCCCUUAACGCGAUCAGAGGCUUGAUUUCUGCCACUUCAGAAGAGAAGCCCAAAGCUGUUGUUACUCACAGCAGUGGAAACCAUGGUCAGGCUCUCUCCUAUGCUGCCAAAUUGCAAGGGAUUCCUGCUUAUAUUGUAGUGCCCGAAACAGCUCCCACCUGUAAAAAAUUGGCGAUACAAGGCUAUGGAGCCUCUAUAGUAUACAGUGAACAAAGCGACGAGUCCAGAGAAAAUGUUACAAAAAGAAUUGUGGAAGAAACAGAAGGCAUCAUGGUACAUCCCAACCAGGAGCCUGCAGUGAUAGCUGGGCAAGGGACAAUCGCCAUGGAAGUCCUAAACCAGGUUCCCUUGGUAGAUGCACUGGUGGUACCUGUUGGAGGAGGAGGAAUGGUUGCUGGAAUAGCAAUUACAGUUAAGGCUCUGAGACCUAGUGUCAAGGUAUAUGCUGCUGAACCCUUGAAUGCAAAUGACUGCUACCAGUCCAAACUGAAAGGGGAACUGACCCCCAAUCCCUAUCCUCCAGAAACCAUAGCAGAUGGUGUCAGAUCCAGCAUUGGCUUAAACACCUGGCCUAUUAUAAGGGACCUCGUGGAUGACGUCUUCACUGUCACAGAGGAUGAAAUUAAGUAUGCAACCCAGCUGGUGUGGGAGAAGAUGAAAUUGCUUAUUGAACCUACAGCUGGUGUUGGAGUGGCCGCUGUGCUGUCUCAGCAUUUUCAAACGGUUUCCGCAGAAGUGAAGAACAUCUGUAUUGUGCUCAGUGGUGGAAAUGUAGACUUAACUUCCCUAACUUGGGUGAAGCAGGCUGAAAAGCCAGCUCUUCAGCAAUCUGUUUCUGUUUAAUAUGUGCAAAAGGAAGAAAAGGGAUUCAGUUGUCCAGACACUUGGAAA